AUGGGUCAUCAACAGAACAAUCCAACGCGGACAUACCCUCAAGGGUAUGUUGAAUAUGAUGCUGUAGCUGGAAUGGUUUCUGUUCCGGCGGAAUUUCGCCGAGUUCUACGCCCACCUUUGGAAGCCAGUAUGAGGAGCGCAAACUUUCAGCAGAGCUUCUCCGGCAGUGAAACUGAUGUUUCAACGUCAACUGAAAAUCUUACUCCCGACGAACAGUAUUUCCUACGUCACACGCAACGACAGGACCCUCCCGGAGAAGAAAACAUCCAUCAGUCCUUCAACCAUUUACGUCACGUGACCCGACAUGGGGCUCAAAUUAGCCAUGUGUCAGCUGCGUCUUCGGCCUGUGGUCGCAGUUAUGAUUCUUCCUCAUGCAACACCAUGAUUGUCCACAGCGACAGCACUUUGGAUGAAAAGUUUCUUGGUGAUUUCGGAGCGUGCGGGUUUCGUCAGCCACCACCGUAUUGCUCUGUAGUUACUCAGCCAUUGUAUAGUAACGUUUCGGAGGCCCUUGCUGCCAGUGCUCAGGAAAUCAACGAAAUCCCGUCGCAUUAUUUGGAUAAAUCUGAAGUAUUGAAACAUUUAGCGAAGGAAGUUCGCGGGCCAUUGAUUGGUGGCAGCACGACGUCGAAUCCCGGAAGUUCCCAGCAAUUGCAUAAUUUGCCAGAAGACAGAAGCAUUCAUGGAUCUGGAUUGCUUCCUCCUCCUCCUGCCUACCCUUCCAAGACUGCAAGUGCAGUUGUACCUCCUCCACCGCCAUUCUCGGCCGCCCUGUCGCGCUCGCAACCCGAUUUGACCAAGGUUCCUACCCCAGGGAAAACUGCAGAAAUUUCCUCAGAUGCUGCUACUUCUGAUUCGAAAGAAAUUCUCGAUAUUUUAUGCCAAGAGAACACGGCUCUUCGCGCGGAACUUGAGGCCUACCACAAGAAAGUCGCCCGGUUGCAAAAAUUCGAAGAAGAAUUGGCGAAGGUCCAUACUGCCCAUGAAGCUUUGGUGGAGUCCUCAGAUCGUAGGGAAAAUUUAGAGAAGACUGCUCGGCAAAAGUUGCAGGCUGAAGUUCGGAGAUUGCAAGGCGUACAUCGAUUGUUGAGUCAACAGUUGGACGUUGCCUUGGUGGAACUCAAUCGAAGGGAAGGCGCUAACCCAGCUGGCUCAGUCAUAGCUCAGAUAAUCGCUCAAAAUCGUGAUCUUAGGGCCACAAAGGAGCGUCAAGAAGUCGAAUUGGCUGCUCAGCGAGACACUCUCCAAGAACAAAGACAACACAUUGAUAUACUGGACUCGGCCCUCACGAAUGCGCAAGCAAAUGUUGUUAGGCUUGAAGAAGAGUGCCAUAAACGUCAAAGUUAUGCGGAGAAAGUUGCUCAAUUGCAGCGAGCGCUGUCAUCCCUACAGAGCGCUUCUGAAAAGCGGGAACAAAUGAACUCGAAACUUCGACAGCAGCAGGAAAGAGAAAAUCAGGAAUUGAAAUCUGAAGUAACCGAGCUUCGGGAAGCUCUGGCAUUGAAACAAAAGGAGCCUCUAACCCCCGAAGACUUGAUCGACAAUCCGGUUGAUGCUGAAUUGCGCCGUGCCAAAAAUCGAAUAACUCUCCUGGAAGCGGAAGUUAAAAUGUGGGAACAGAAGUUCUUGGAAGAAAUUCGAGCUAACUGCGCUUCGUCGGUCGAAGCCCAGAAAAAGCUCGAACAAAGUAUAGCGAAUGAAAAACAAGCCGAACCAUCCCAUGUUAGAGCUCAUUCUCAAACUCAGAGUAUGGUGACUCCACCGCGUCAUAAUCCAGCUUUUCAUGGCCACCGUGGGUCAUCGGAUGCUAUAAACACGAAGGAAUCGUUGGAAUCCUUUUUUGUCGGAUUCCAGGAGCUUAUCUGA